AUGGAGUGCAUGUACAGUAUUUGAUUAUGGUGGACAAUUCAUGAGAUAGCACUGUAUACAGGUCUUAAAAAGCAGUUGGAUACUGCUUAGAGUGAGAGAUGAGUGCAUGUCUUUUUUUAUAUUUACAUAGUUUGAAUGAUGCAAUGAAUGGAAUAUUGUAGUGGUUUUAUUUUUUUUAUACCUAUAACCUGCUAGAACAAUACAAUAGUUUUGCAUUUUUUCUUCUGGGCUAAUGCUGCCCCCUCCUCAUAAGUCUAAAACAAGAUAAUUAAAAGUUUUGUUACUAACCAAUUACUUUGGCUUAUGAAAUUUAUAUAAUAUUCAUUUUUCAGAAAUGGGUGUACUCCCAGAAAUAGCUAAGGCUGUAGAAGAGAUGGAUUGGACGUUGCCAACGGAUGUCCAGAAUGAGGCAGUCCCACUUAUUUUGGGAGGUGGGGAUGUGCUCAUGGCAGCUGAAACAGGCAGUGGCAAGACUGGUGCUUUCUGUCUUCCCAUCCUACAAAUUGUCUGGAAAUCACUUAAGGAUAUUCAGCUUGGCAAGACUUCAAAAGUUACUAAAGAAAUAUCUCCUCUCUGGUUGAUGAGCUUCUUUGACCGUGACGCAGGAAUGGCUGUGACACCUGAUGGCUUGCGGUGCCAGUCACGGGAUCCUAAAACAUGGCAGGGUGCCCGUUGCACCAAGGGUGUCACUGGCAAGGGAAAAUAUUACUAUGAAGCCGUUGUGUCGGAUGAAGGGUUGUGUCGUGUCGGGUGGGCAACUCCUCAGGCAGCAUUAGAUCUUGGAACAUGUAAAUCGGGAUUUGGAUUUGGAGGCACUGGAAAAAAGUCUAAUUGCAAGCAGUUUGACGAUUAUGGUGAAUCUUUUGGCCUCAGGGAUGUCAUUGGUUGCUAUCUCAACCUGGAUGCCAUGGAGAUGCAUUACAGCAAAAAUGGCACUGAUUUAGGUAAAGCUUUCACAUUACGAAGUGAAUUCAAGAAUGCUGUCUUCCAUCCAGCUGUAGUUUUGAAGAAUGCAGAGAUGUCUUUCAAUUUUGGUGCAACAGAGUUCAAGCACCCACCUAAAGCGGGAUACGUAGCAGUGUCUCAGGCCAGCAAGGACUGUACUGUGAGCUCAGGUGUGAAGGGAGGUGGAGACAAGCCACAAAAGCUUCAGAACAAUGCUCCACACGCUGUCAUUAUUGAGCCUUCAAGAGAACUCGCAGAACAGACCCUAAAACAGGUUCAAAUGUUUCGUAAGCAUCUAGAUAAUCCAGUGGUUCGUGACCUUCUUGUUGUUGGUGGUAUACCCGUGAAGGAGCAAAUAGCAGCACUCAAUGCAGGUGUGGAUAUUGUUUGUGGUACUCCAGGACGCUUGGAAGAUCUUAUUAAUACAGGACAACUCUCUCUCCAGUCUUGCAAAUUCUUUGUGUUGGAUGAGGCUGAUGGACUUCUUAAACAGGGGCAUGAGCGUCUCAUCAAUAACAUCUACAACUCCAUACCCAAAAUCACAUCUGAAGGCAAGAGACUCCAGAUGGUGGUCUGUUCUGCCACCCUACAUUCCUUUGAAGUGAAGCGCAUGGCAGAACGUUUGAUGCACUUCCCGACCUGGGUAGAUCUUAAAGGGGAAGAUGCUGUGCCCGAGACUGUCCACCACGUUGUCGUAACCAUUGAUCCCAGAACGGAUAGUAGAUGGAGCAAUCUUCGUCGCCAUCUGCAAACUGAUGGCGUGCAUGUUAAGGAUGGCGUACGACCUGGGAACAAUACACCUGAGACAUUAAGUGAGGCGGUGAAGCUGCUGAAAGGAGAGUACUGCAUUAAGGCUAUUGACACACACAAAAUGGAUCAAGCACUAAUAUUCUGCCGCACUAAGUUGGAUUGUGACAAUUUAGAGCGCUAUUUUAAUCAAAUUGGAGGAGGGGCCAAUAACAGAGGCAAUCCAUAUUCGUGUGUGUGUCUCCAUGGUGACCGCAAGCCUAAUGAACGCAAAGCGAAUCUCCAAAAAUUUAAGGAUGGUGGAGUGAAGUUCCUUAUAUGCACUGAUGUAGCUGCUCGAGGAAUUGAUGUUGGAGGACUGCCAUUUAUAGUCAAUGUGACACUGCCAGAUGAGAAGAGCAACUAUGUUCAUCGUAUUGGGCGUGUGGGUAGAGCAGAGAGAAUGGGUCUAGCUAUCUCCCUUGUUGCUGCUGUGCCAGAGAAGGUUAGAGUUUUAAACCAAUAUUUGCAUUCUUUAUUAACUGGUAAUAGCCCCUGACUUAACAUUAUUUUA